UGCAAUUUCUUUGUAGUUGACUUCUUUCUUACUUCAUAAUUGUGCUGAGUUUUAUUUGCUUAACUUUAUAAUGCAUUCAAUUUUUGCUGUUUUAUAGUUAGUAUUGUUUUAAUGCAAUGAAUGUAUCCAUUAAUUUUGAGGCAUUUUUACAAAAAAAUUAGUAUCAUAAUUUUAGUUCUAAAAUUAUAUAAUUUUGAUUUGCGUAGAGUACAGUAUAAAGCAUAUAUAUAUUGUUGAUGAUCUAAAUUGGCACUGCAAAUAAAGACUGAAAAUUGAUUGGUCUGUUUGCAUGGAUCGGUUUAGAUCUGUUAGCUGAUGUAUGGAUUGGAUGAUAUUUCUAUAAAAGUAGGCAAAAACUUAGGAAUUGGAAUAAAUUGGAAAGUUGUUUCACCUCUAAAAUAGUGAAUUUGUCAAUUUCCUUUAGUUUUUUUAGUUAUAAAAACAAAAAAUACUAGGCUCCAGCUAUGCAGUGGGAGGGGAAAUUUUACUAUAGCUAUGAAGAUCAUAUGACUCACAUCACAUGAAAGUCAUAUUGAGUUAUACCUAGCAGUACUGGCAAUUACUGACUAGUGAGUGAGAAAGCUCAUGAGAAGAGUCUAUUGUCUAUUUCUACUCCCAGAAUGAUGAGCUUUUUUGCCAUACUGCUGCUUUUGAUUACUCUGCUACUUGUUUAUUGUUGCUAUUCUUUGUAUCAUGCAUAUGGUGUCCUUAAGAGGCUAGGAAUCCCUCAUCCUCCAAUCACACCUUUUAUGGGAAAUGGAAUAGAAAUUUUAAAAACGUCUUCAACUGAUUUUCAAGAGAAAUGGCUUGCUAAAUGUGGAAAAGUAUUUGGUUAUUAUUUGGGUACAAAGGUGAGCAUUGUAGUAGCUGAUCUUGACAUACUCAAGGAGAUCAUGAUAAAGCAAUCUGACAAAUUUGUCAAUUCAGAUGCAGAACCUCAGAUAAUGAUUGAAAUACGUAGGAACAACAACAUGGGAUCAGGUUUGAUUUUUCAAAAAGGUGAGGAAUGGAAGCGUGUUCGUCGCAUAGUUACUCCAACUUUUUCAAGCAAGAAACUUAAGCUGAUGAUGCCAUUAGUUGAAAAAGGUAUCAAUUCUCUAUGCAGUGUAUUAGAAGACAUUAAUAAAAAGGGACAGAGUGUCAACAUACCAAAAAUUUAUUCUCAGUUUACUCUGGAAACAAUGCUAGCUGUAGCUUUUGGUUCUGAAGUGAAUUUAUUGAAAGGUGAGGGGAGCGCACUUUCAGAAGCAGCUGCUGGGUUUUUCACUGAUUUGAGUGAACCAUUAUUUAUUUGGGAAGCUAUUUUUGACAGUUACUUCCCUACUUUGCUAAAAUAUCUGAGUGCCCUUGGCGCAAGGACCCUACCAUUAGGCAAACACAUGAAGGUUAUCAAUGAUACCUCAUUAAGCAUCAUAAAGUCAAGAAGAGAACAAAGCCACAAUGGUGACAAGAGGGAAGACUUUCUUCAAUUACUAAUGGAUGCUGAAGCACCAGAUGAUCCAGAGAAUGAGUCUAGCAUUAAGGCUUCACGUGUACUAACUGACAAACAGAUUGUUGGUCUCUGCUUUGACUUCAUGCUUGCUGGUCAUGACACUACUAGCAGCAUGCUUGCCUUCACUUCAUAUCUUUUAGCAAUAAACCCUCACGAGCAAGAACAACUGUGUCAAGCCAUUGAUGACUACUAUCAGGAAAAUGAAGGGGCUUCUUUGUAUGAUGCAUCACAGAAUAUUCCUUAUCUUGAUUGGGUCUUACAUGAGGCAUUGCGCUUAUAUCCACCAGGACCAACUACAGCUCGUGUGUGUAAUGAGACAUGUACAAUCAAUGGUGUCACAUUCCUUAAAGGAUUUAGAUUUGAUAUUCCCAUACUGAAGAUACACAUGUCACCAGAGUAUUGGGAUCAGCCUGAAGUUUUCAAUCCAAAACGGUUCAGUCCAGAAGGGAAGGAGGGUAGGAAUCCUCAGGCUUACAUUCCUUUUGGUUCAGGACCAAGGAGUUGUAUUGGAAUGAGGUUUGCACUAAUGGAGGCUAAGGCUUGCUUAGUGAGUAUAUUGAGGAAGUAUAGGUUUGAAAGAUCACCUGAUACUCAGGUACCAUUGAAAAUGGUAGUUGCAGCUUUGCAAUAUCCAAAGGAUGGCAUUUUUAUUAAAAUUGCAAAAGUUUAAAGAUGAUUGAUGCAAUCUCCCAGUAGAUAACUUCUUUCUUUUUUGAGUUGCUUUUUAGUUGUUUUUUUUUUACUUUGCUGAACCUAUUAUUUUGCUGCAUUAAAUUUUUUGCUGCAUUAAGUUUUUUUGAAUAACAAUAAUUGUCUACUGGCAUAGAUAGAUAUUAGAGGAAA